AUAAAUAAUUGCAGUAGGCAUUGGACAACAUGAUUCCCCGUUAAACACGCCAAAUAUAGAAUCAAUUCCCAUGUCUCCCAAAGUCAGUCACGGGAUCGGAAAAUGAAAAAAAAAAGUAGCAAAUGCAACCCUUAAAUUAAUCCAAAGUACCAAGUAUUUUAUCACCUUCAUAGCUUUUUUUUAAAAAUCAUUCUCGUGUCUUCCCUUACCUGUCAAGAUCAAAAGAAAUUCGACAACCAAAACAAUCCAUCCAUCAACUAGGCCACCAUCCCUUCCUUCAGGAAUCUCUCUCUCCUGCGUCUCUUUCAAGAAUUCAAUGGAAGAUUACAACAGAUCAAGGUCAUAUGGUAAUGGGAUGGAGUUGGACACCCACCAUGGACCACCUAGGCCUUCAGCUUCUUAUGAUUUCAGGUGCUAUAGUGCUGCUUAUGCACAGUCCCAGAUGGCUAACAACUACAAUAACUCAGGGAACAACAGAGGCUACAAGUCGAAGAAAGGGACGACUGCUUCUGGCUCAUCUUCUUCGAAUGCAUGGAUCUUUGGAUACCCUGAAUUCCAGAGGAAGAAAAGGGUUGCUAGCUACAAGAUGUACAGUGUGGAAGGUAAGGUCAAAGGGUCCUUGAGGAGGAGCUUUAGGUGGCUCAAAGAUAAGUACACACAAGUUGUCUAUGGAUGGUGGUGAUUCUGGCAGUUUACCUCUUGUUCCUUGAUGCCUUUUUUUUUAAUUGUUUUUCUU